AGUUGAGUAAUGUUGGAUAGUGCCGGACACAUAGACGCUUUGAGUGAGGAAAGACACAUACUGAAACCUCACAGGUGGUUUGUAUUGGAGAUUGCCGUACACAUAGACGUGUUGAGUGGGGAUAGCUGCAUACUGAAACCUCACAGGUGGUUUGUAUUGGGGAUUGCCGGACACAUAGACGCGCUGCGUGGGGAUAGCUUCAUACUGAAACCUCACGAGUUGAGUGAUGUUGGAUAG